AUGUCAUCAAGACUAGCUGUAAGGCAUCAUAGCAUGUUUUGUUCACCUUCUCAAGAUAAAACAGACAGUCUAAAGACGUUUAAAAAAUUCGAAUCACUCAUUUUAGAAGGAUGCAGUAAUUCGCAUCAUAAGCCAAAUAAGAGCUUCUGUACUUCUGAUUUAAUAUCAAAGCAAAAGGUCUCAAUGCUAGUUAAAUCGUCACAAUCUAAAGCAGAUUCAGCAGCUAACAGGUCAUUUAAAGCACCAACUACUCAAAAAUAUUGUACUCUCAAUUCCCCUAAGAAAAUGAUUCAAAUUACCCCCAACCCUCUUCUAAAAGAUAGUUUAGAAAAGAAGCGAAAAAAUGAAACUUUAGGGCAUACUAUUCAAUCUAGUUCUUCUUCAAAUAUUGUUCGAGCUUUAUUUCCCAAGCCUCAUAGUGCAAGAACUGCUCCUCCUAUAAAAUCCGAAAAAUCAAUAGAAAAUUUCACCCAAAUAACACUAUGCGAGAAAAUUCCAAAAUCGAAUAAUUUUACCCGUAAAAAAACGUCAAGAUCUAAAACAUCAGCGACUUGUACCAUAGAGGACAACAUGGUUGAAGGAAAACUGCAAGAGCUCUUAAUGAAAGACCACUUGCAUGAAACAUAUUUAGCGCUUAAAACGACGAGAGAACUCCCGGCCCCAGACAUUAAACUUGUAAAAGCAAGGCAAAUAAGUCUUCCAAGAAAGCCCGGAUGUGAAAAUAAAAAAACACUUAUUUUCGAUAUGGACGAAACACUUAUUCACUGUGAGGAAUCAAAAUGAAUUGAAACAGAUGCCCAAAUCACUAUAACCUUGCCAACUGGAGAGAAAGCCAAUAGUGGGAUUAAUAUAAGGCCUUAUGCAGUAGAGUGUUUGAGGGAAGCAAGCAAACUCUUUGAGGUUAUCGUUUUUACAGCAGCUGAAAGAUAUUAUGCAAACGCAGUGCUGGAUAUCCUGGAUCCAAGACAUGAAUUUAUUCAUCAUAGGCUGUAUAGAGAAAGCUGUAUUUGUGUUGAUGGAAUAAUGGUUAAAGAUUUAAGGAUUUUCCUUGACAGAAAAAUCCAAGAUAUUGCAAUUGUUGAUAAUUCAGUUUAUAGUUUUGCUUUCCAGCUUGAUAAUGGAAUUCCGAUAAUUUCAUGAACAAACCGGAAAGAAGAUAAAGAGUUGUUGAAUUUGAUAGAUUAUUUGAAGCAGCUAUCGGAAGCUGAUGAUAUUAGGGCUUUCAAUAGGAAAAGAUUCAAGCUUCGCGCAUUUUAUCAGGAUUAUGUUGACAAAUUUGUCGACAGCAAUUAA